UCCCCCCGACAUCCCCCUCUUAACGACCCCUCCCCUCUAUAUACCACCACCAUGAACGGAGAAGACCCGCCAGAGAGACCCCAGGAGAUCUCGUCCAUCAUCAACGGACUUGAGCGAUACAACCCUGAGGCUGUUGGUGCUCUCGAGACCUACCUCCAGGACCAAUGCGAGCAGAAGUUCACUGACUGCAAUGCCAACCGAACACUAUUGAAGCUGUACCAGCUCAACCCUGAUCGCAUCAAGGAUGAAGUCAUCACCAAUGUCCUGGUCAAGACCAUGACCCAGUUCCCCUCCGCGCAGUUCUCUCUCGCUCUCCACCUCAUCAACCCCUCCUCAGUUGUCACUGGCGACCUCGGUGAAGCCAUCACAAAGCUCCGAUCCCUCAAUGGCCAACUUGAGGGUGCUCAGUACUCCCGCUUCUGGGCCGACCUCGACGACGACAUGGUUGCCGAUCUGAUUGCCGACAUCCCCGACUUUGAGGAGGUUGUCCGUCACCGUAUCGCCCUCCUCGUUUCACAGGCUUUCCGUGAGAUCCAGAUCGGCCACCUCGAGUCAUGGCUCGGCCUCAACGAGGACGCCACUAAGAAGUUUGUCACUGAGGUUUGCGGCUGGACUGUCGAUGCCGAAGGAAACGUCAAGGUUCCCUCAAACCCCGACAACGAAGCCAAGAAGGCUGAGAUCCGUGAGGACGUCAACGUUGAGCAGUUCUCCAGGGUGCUCCGACGGUCAUGGGAGGACACUGUUUAGGCUUUUUCAGAGUUUUAGCGGAUCAAAAGGGAUUUCUUGCGCACUUCCCCCCAUACGAUGGGAUUCGGACAUGACGACCCAUGAUGUGGAAAGGUUAGGAAGGGCUCGCAUGGUAGCAUGGCGGGGCAUUACAAAAAUCUAGGCGUUUAAUCGGACAUGUCAUUCCAGAGCAAUCCAAGGAUCUAGAGAUGCAUAGAACUUUGCGAUUUGUUUAUCUAUCGUAUUUGGCUCAUGUGUACCACAAA